GGGCGUGUGCUCACGUGUUGCGGGUCAAGGUGCGGAGUGCGGUAGCCGGAGGGGGCGUGCCGGGAGGAGGGUGCUUCGCAGCUUGAGCCCGCUGGUUGGCUCUCACGGUUCACGUGGGGUAGCAGGCCCGGGUGACGUCAACGCAGCGGGCGGGGCUCCGCUGGGUGCGCGGUGUCCGGGGCCUGUGAGUCGUCGCCAGGCUGUGUCGGGCCUGAGCCGAGCAGCUGUGCGACGUCAUGGACAACUCCGGGAAGCAGGCUGAGGCUAUGGCGCUGCUGGCUGAAGCGGAGCGCAAGGUGAAGAACUCGCAGUCCUUCUUCUCCGGCCUUUUUGGAGGCUCAUCCAAAAUAGAGGAAGCAUGCGAGAUCUAUGCCAGAGCAGCGAACAUGUUCAAGAUGGCCAAGAACUGGAGCGCUGCUGGGAACGCUUUCUGCCAGGCUGCCCAACUGCACCUACAGCUCCAAAGCAAGCAUGAUGCAGCCACCUGCUUCGUGGAUGCUGGCAACGCUUUCAAGAAAGCUGACCCCCAAGAGGCCAUUAACUGUCUGAUGAGAGCAAUUGAGAUCUAUACAGACAUGGGCAGAUUCACGAUCGCAGCCAAGCACCACAUUUCCAUUGCUGAGAUCUAUGAGACAGAGCUGGUGGAUGUGGAGAAGGCCAUCGCCCACUACGAGCAAUCUGCAGACUACUAUAAAGGAGAAGAGUCCAACAGCUCAGCCAACAAGUGUCUGCUGAAGGUGGCUGGCUACGCUGCACAGCUGGAGCAGUACCAGAAGGCUAUUGACAUCUAUGAGCAGGUGGGGACCAGUGCCAUGGACAGUCCCCUCCUCAAGUACAGCGCCAAAGACUACUUCUUCAAGGCGGCUCUUUGCCACUUCUGCAUCGACAUGCUCAAUGCCAAGCUUGCUGUUCAGAAGUAUGAGGAGCUGUUCCCAGCCUUCUCGGAUUCCCGGGAAUGCAAGCUGAUAAAAAAGCUGCUAGAAGCCCAUGAGGAACAGAAUGUGGACAGCUACACAGAGUCGGUGAAAGAAUAUGACUCCAUCUCAAGACUGGACCAGUGGCUUACCACUAUGCUUUUACGCAUCAAGAAGACCAUUCAGGGCGAUGAGGAGGAUCUGCGCUAGGCCUCUAGCCACUGCCUUCCACCCAGUCUGUCCCAGAGGUGGAACCAACACUUCCCACCAGGAGUCUGAAGGAGUGGGUGCAAUGCGGGCCACAUCUCCAGGGCACCAGGCGAGCUUUCCUGGAUGGCUGGUCACCCUAUGCCUGCUGCAUCCGUCACCCUGCCAUUUAUUUAAGCCCCCAAAGGAGUCCUGCUCUGGAAAACCCACCUGGGUUCAGAUUCUCCAAUACAGACUUCUCUGUGUGCUUCAGGAACCUGGGGUCAGCAUCCGGUCCCAUCUGACCAGCAGUGUACUAAGGCUGUUUCCAAAUCUCCUACCUUGCCCCCUAGCACAGAUAAGAACACAGGUAGCUCUAAGACUUCUCUCCCUGGCUGGGGGUAACCCCUGCCCCUGGAGCCUUUUCUUGUUCCUACAACGCCAACCUCUCAGGUUAGACCCAGCCCUGGAGCUCACAGGGUGCCUUGGUCCUGCCCUGCGCCUGCUUCUCUCCCUGCAUCCAGGUCUGUCCAUUGACCUGAAACUGCAGCUGGCCCAAGAAGGACAAUAAAACCUGCCACUUUUGCAUGA